AUGUCUUUGUGCAAUGGGAAACCUGUGUCCAAAGGUAGCCCUAUAGCAAGUUUGAACCCUUUUGUAGAUCAUGAUGGCAUUCUACGGGUUGGGGGCAGGCUACAGAAAUCUAUACUGACUAAUCGUGAGAUGCACCCCGCUAUCAUUUCAAGAAAAUGUCAUGUAGCAUCUCUACUUAUACGCCAUUACCAUAAGAAUGUCCAGCAUCAAGGCAGGCACUUCACAGAAGGUGCUAUUCGAGCUCAGGGGUACUGGAUCGUUGGGGCGAAACGACUCAUCUCAUCUGUGACUCACAACUGUGUCCAGUGUAGAAAGCUUCGAGGACGGCAUGCAGAGCAGAUCAUGGCUGACCUGCCCAAGGAUCGUGUUGAACCAGCUCCACCAUUCACAUAUGUUGGCGUUGAUACUUUCGGCCCAUGGAACGUGGUGACCCGCAAGACUCGUGGUGGUCAAGCUAGUAGUAAGCGGUGGGCAAUUUUAUUUACUUCACUCACCAUCCGUGGUAUCCAUAUUGAAGUUGUGCCAGAAAUGUCAUCUUCAGCCUUCACUAACGCAUUGCGAAGAUUCAUAGCUCGAUAUGGAAAUGUGAAGUUGUUCCGGUCUGAUAGAGGAACAAACUUUGUAGGUCCAGUGAAUGAGUUAGGUAUUGAUGCUGUGAAUGUUGAGGACGGUGAAGUUCAUAGACUGCUGAAAAAUAAUGGUGUUGUGUGGGUAUUCAACCCGCCCCAUGCACCUCAUAUGGGUGUAUCUGGGAGCGCAUGA